AUGAAGGAAAGGGAUGUUAAGCAGGAGGAGCAGCAGGAGGAGGGUUUGUUAUCGAGCCAGACUGCUGGAACGGAGGAGGAAGCAUCUGCCGGGAAGAAGAGGAAGAGAAAGAGUCAGAAGGAUCUCUCCUCGGGAGAAGCGGCCAAGGAAGAAGAGGAGAAGAAGGCGCGAGGGAAGAACAACGCCAUCUCCACCGACAACGCCGCCGAGACGCCGCCAGAUGGCGCCACCAACGUGAAGCAGGAAGUCGACGAUGCGGCAGAAGUUGACGCGGCCACCAGGCGGCGCCCGCAGAUGCGUGCGAUGCUGCUCGUAAAAGAUAGCUCGCUGCUCAACAUGAAACUCGCAGAUGCGUUGAAGCGGCGCGCCAUCCAGGCCCAGAAGGGCGUCGCCCAGAAGGGCGUCGGCAAGCAGCGGCGUCGCAAGCCGCUGCUGCUGCCGCCGAAGAAACAAAAGCUGCAGGUGGCGCCGCCGGCGAGCGGGGAGGAUGCGGUGAGGUCGUCGACGCGCAUUCAGGCGCGCAUUGUGCGACACUUUGAGAAGAUGAGGUCUAACGCAGGGGAGGAGGCCGAGGAUGAGGAUGCGGAGGAGGGGAGGAGUCCAACGAAAGCCGAGUGUCAGGGACCGAGGAUUAAACACGUUGCUCGUCGGAUGGAGGUGGCACUGGGGAAGCCCGCCAUGGCCGAGGCUACCACCCUGCACCUCAGCGCUCUCCCUGAUGAUGAGAAGACCAACCUGAGGUCCUCUGAUGACAGUGAUGAUGAGUGGUCCGUCGCUGGCAAGCCCAAGAAGAAGGCGGGGUCGGUCGGCAGCGCCACGCCACGGUCCACGCGAUUCCGUCGCAUCCGCUGUGGCCGCUGCCUGCCGUGUUGCAGGAAGGAUUGUCGGACAUGCCCCCCCUGCAUUGACAUGAGCAAAUAUGGCGGUCGUGGAGUAUACAAGAAGGGAUGCAAGCUGCGUAUCUGUGAGAAACCUCAGUUUGGCCGUGACAUCAAAGAUGGCGUCGCGAAGGGUAUGACAAUCAGCGCUGCGGUAAAGAAAGUGCGCGGGAAGGCCUACAAGCACAACAAGCUACAGAUGGAGCCACAGGUGGCGCUGUCGAAGCGUUCCGAAGCCUGAGCCGGUCGCUGCAUC